GGCUUCCUCCCCCCGUCCCCGUUCCCCUUCAAGUUCUCGCGCUCCCUCGCCCGCCACGGCCCAAACCCUCCUCGCCCGCCCGCCACCCCAAGCCCCCGCCGUCGUCCCCCUCCCCCGCUCGACCGGGCACGCGCGGAGCCGGGAUCCCCCAAUCCGGGCUCGGGAUUGAUUUCUCCUUCUGUCGAUGCCCUCCGCCGCUCAGACGGCGAUGCAUUGACGUCCAUUUGGUGGAGCAUAUGCAUCUGGGGCAGGCGUCGUCGCACCUGUCUGGGGCUCUGGGCAGAUGAACCCGGGCAGCGCUCACUGGACGCCGCAGCAGCAACCCGUGCAGAUGAAUCCAGGCAGCGGUCACGGUAUGCCGCAGCAACAACCCGUGAUGCCGCAGCAACAGCCCGUCAUGCCGCAGCAACAACAGACGCAGGCUGCUUCGGGGCAAACCUCCGCGGAUCGCUUCAAGGCGAUGCGGAUACGCAUGCUUCAGAGGAUAGUAAGUAUUAUUGCAAAGCAGAGGAGCCUUUCUUCCAUGACGCCAGAGGUGCUGCACUAUGCGAGGCGGGUUGAAGACGUUCUGCACAAGACAUAUCCGACAAUGGCUGCUUACUAUGCAAUGAUAACGGGAUCACAGAAUGGACCUCUGAAUCAUGCUUUUCAGACCGUUAUAGCCGAUAAUCGGCGACGCCAACAAUUGGCGGGGCAGGUAGCAUCUGGCUCCAGCUAUGGCACAAUGAUUCCAACACCAGGUAUGGCUCAGAGUGCAAAUGUGAACUCUGCAGCGUCCCAUUUGAUGGACACCAGAUUCACAGGUGGUAACUCAAAUACAGGUUCUAUGUAUAAUGGGCAUCAGAAUACAUCCACCAAUAUCCCAGGUGGCAUCCCUGUGGACACAACUUCAGAGGGCAUGCAACGUCCAAGUCAUAUGAUCCCAACUCCAGGAUUUAGCAACCAUCCAACUUCGCUUCCUAAUUCUGAGUACCCAAGUGGAGCUGGAUGCUUGAAUGUGGAGUCAAAUAUUGCGCCACAAAUGCAGCAUCAAGAGAAGCCAUUUGGUAGUAAUCAAGGUUAUCAAAUGCAGCCCCUUGGGAGCCUUGCUGUUUCUACGGUGCAUUCAAACAUUUUGGAUAAGUCCUCAUAUGGUUCGUCAGAUGCAAAAAUGAAUGGUGGAAUGGGCAUACACAGUUCAAAUAUGCAGCCAAUAAACAGAACCACGGGAUCACAAGCUUGUGCUAACCUAGCUCCUUAUGGUAACAGACCGUUGCAGCAACAGUUUGAUGCUCCUCUGCCACAGAAGUCACCAAGUACAAGUAACCAUCAUAUGAAAGCCCAAGUCUUGACUCCGCCAGACAAGGCUCAGCAUUAUAGUUGCCAGAGAAAAAUGGUACAAGAUGGAGGACAACAGCCAGUUUCAUCCGAUGGGCACAUUGUUGGGUGUACUGUGACUUCACUUGACUCUAAGCUGUCAAAUCUCUCAACAAAAGAAGUUAAACAUGAAUCAGCAAACACCAAUGAUGAAAUUAAUCAGCUGCGGUGGUUACUGAUGUUAAAGCAUGCAGAACACUGUGUGGCUCCUGUGGGAAGUUGUAAAUCUCAGCAUUGUGCUCGUGUACAGGAGAUUGUGAAGCAUUUUAGACACUGUCAGACAAAAAAUUGUUCAUAUCGGUACUGCGUGCAGUCAAAGAAGUUGUCUUGUCACUAUAAGAACUGCAUUAAUGAGCAGUGUACUCUUUGCAGCAAGGCAAAGAUAAGAUUGCGCCGCUCUUCUGAACAAGCACACAAGAACAGUACUGAUGACCAUAUAUUAAUUGCGAAGCAGAGUGCGGUUCAAAGAAUUACCAAUGGUGCACUCGAGGAUAAAAUGGAUAUUGACCUUGUCAGAGUUGAAACUACUGAUGAGCAGCCAUUGGCACCGAAACGUUUAAAGUUGCAUCACGUGUCUCCCAAUGCAUCAAAGAAUGGACAUGGAAUCCCUUAUGUCUCUGUUCAUGAACCAAAGCCAGUGUUGCGGGAGCAAAAAAACAAUAUGCUGCCGAAACAGGAGGCCGGUCUGAGGGUUGAUACGCAACAUCCAGUAAAUCCAAUUGGUCAUGGUAUUGAUGGAAAAGUAAGUGUUGUGAAAAAUAACAUGAUGCCUCAUGUUAAGCAAGAAAAUGUAUUGGCUGACAAAGAUAAAAAUGAGAAUUUUCUUGAUCUUAAGAACAAAACAAAUGGUCGUAUGGAUGUUACAGUGUCUAAAUCAGGGAAACCGAAGAUAAAGGGUGUUUCACUCACAGAAUUGUUCACUCCAGAACAAAUUAAAGAGCACACCGACAGUCUAAAGCAAUGGGUUGGUCAGAGCAAAGCUAAAGUUGAAAUGAAUCAAGCGAUGGAACAUUCGGACAGCGCAUGCCAGCUUUGCGAAGUAACGACGCUUAAUUUUGAACCUCCACCGAUAUAUUGUUCUUCCUGUGGUGUUCGGAUAAAACGAAAUGCACUAUACUACACUGCUCCUACAGCUGAGACCUGUCACAACUUCUGUCUUUCGUGUUUCAACGCUCGCAGUCAGACAAUUCAGGUGGAAGGUAAUCAGUUUCCCAAGGCAAAACUUGUUAGAAAGAAAAAUGAUGAAGACACAGAAGAAGCGUGGGUUAUGUGUGACAAAUGUGAACGCUGGCAGCAUCAGAUUUGUGCCCUUUUCAAUUGCAAAAGGAACGAGUCAGGAGAAGCAGAAUAUACGUGCCCCAAGUGCUAUGUUUGGGAGAUAGAGCAUGGUUUGCGUAUGCCUUUGCCGCAAAGUGCUGUUCUUGGCGCGAAGGAUCUGCCAAGGACCGUGCUUAGCGAUCAUAUAGAAGGACGCCUUUUUAAACGGCUCAGGGAAGAGAGACAGGAACGUGCGACUCGUGAUGGGAAAAGCUUUGAUGAGGUUUGUGGAGCAGAUGGACUUGUGGUCAGGGUUGUUUCAUCAGUGGACAAAAAAUUGGAAGUUAAACCACGUUUUUUUGAGAUUUUUCAAGAAGACAAGUAUCCAGCAGAAUUCCCUUACAAAUCCAAGGCUAUUCUCUUAUUUCAGAAAAUAGAAGGCGUUGAAGUAUGCCUAUUUGGCAUGUAUGUUCAAGAAUAUGGUGCAGAAUGUGCAGACCCAAACCAACGACGGGUUUAUCUGUCAUACCUUGAUUCUGUCAAAUUCUUUAGACCUGAAGUAAAAACAGUGUCUGGGGAGGCCUUGAGGACAUAUGUCUAUCAUGAGAUUCUGAUAGGUUAUCUUGAGUAUUGUAAGCAGCGCGGAUUCACUAGCUGCUACAUAUGGGCCUGCCCACCUUUGAAGGGUGAAGAUUACAUUCUAUAUUGUCAUCCAGAGAUUCAGAAGACACCAAGGUCUGAUUUGCUGCGCGAAUGGUACUUAUCUAUGCUUCGAAAAGCUACCAAGGAGCGCAUAGUUGUUGAGACAACAAAUCUCUAUGAUCACUUUUUUAUCACUACCAAAGAAUGCAAGGCUAAAGUUACGGCAGCUCGGUUGCCAUAUUUUGAUGGAGAUUAUUGGCCAGGAACUGCAGAAGAUAUGAUCAACCAGUAUUUCGUAGAAGAAGACGAUAGAAAGUUGCAAAGGAAGGGGAAAGUAAAAAAGACUAUCACAAAGAGAGCUCUUAGAGCUGCUGGCCAGACUGAUUUAUGUGGGAAUGCUUCAAAGGAUGCUAUCUUGAUGCAAAAGCUUGGAGAAACCAUUUACCCAAUGAAGGAAGAUUUCAUCAUGGUCCAUUUGCAGCACUCUUGCAGUCACUGCUCUACUCUUAUGGUAGCUGGAAAACGCUGGGUCUGCCGCCAAUGCAAAAGUUUUUAUAUUUGUGACAGUUGUUAUGAUGCAGAGCAACAGCUUGACGAAAAGGAGCGGCACCCGAGUAAUAGUAGAGACUCGCAUGUGCUCCACCCAGUUGACAUUGUUGGUGUGCCCAAAGAUACAAAGGAUAGAGACGAUAUCAUAGAGUGCGAGUUUUUCGACACCCGGCAGGCGUUCCUGAGUCUUUGUCAAGGAAACCGCUAUCAACAUGAGACACUUCGCCGCGCAAAACAUUCCUCAAUGAUGAUAUUAUACCACCUUCAUAAUCCAACUGCACCAGCUUUUGUUAUCUCGUGCAACAUCUGCAAACUCGAUAUUGAAACCGGUCAAGGGUGGCGAUGUGAAGAAUGCCCAGAAUUUGAUGUAUGUGCUGCAUGUUACGAGAAAGACAGAGGUGGCAAUCACCGUCACAAGUUGACGAAUCAGCCGUCAUCUGCAGGUGCUCAAAGUAAAGAAGCUCGCCAGAUGCGUGUUCAGCAGGCACGGGUGAUGCUCGACCUUUUGGUGCACGCUCAGGCAUGUCGUACCACUGGUUGCCAGUAUAAAAAUUGCAGGAGAAUCAAGGGACUGUUCAACCACGCUGGGAAGUGCCCAAAACGGGCGUCUGGAGGCUGUAAAGCGUGUAUGAAGAUGUGGUCUCUGCUCCACUUCCAUGCCCGAGCUUGCAAGGAGUUGAAAUGCGACGUACCAAGAUGCAGGGAUCUGAAAGACAUUAUAAGAAGAUCGCAGCAGCAGGCUGAAACCAGGAGGAGGGCUGCCGUGAACGAGAUGAUGAGGGAGAGAGCUGCAGAGGCUGCUAAGAGGAGGUAGCGAAGCCAGGCGCACUGGUGGUAUACUCUUACAGAAAAGAAGAUAGCAAGUACAUAUAUAUAUAUGAAUACCGCAGCUCUUGUCAAGUCCAAGAAAGACAAGUUCUGGAUGGCCAAAAAACUAGAGGACAGAUACAGCUCAGCGAGAGAUCAGUUAUACCGGAGACAAAAUACGUCGAUCAGAGAUGGCGGUAAAAGCGCCCUCGGUCUGCUGCCACCCAUGCUGGCAACCGUUUGAGCUGAUGAAGCCUCCGACGAUUUUGCCAGUGUUUCGUUUCUAUAUACUGUAUGUAGUGUUGGUCUUGUUCUGUAGCCUGCUCAUGUGCAAUAGGAUUUUGGACGGCUGCCUCCUAUACAUGUGCGAAAUAGCGCAUAGUUGUUGUUGUCAAAAGAGAACCGUGAGUCAUAGAUGAAAGUUUUGUUUGGAUGUUGUCUCAGCUGAGAUGCCUGUAGGAAAGAAACUGAACUUGGUUACAUGGAUGGUAUCAGUCAUUUCAUUUGUUCGUUGCA